GGAAGACGAAGCUGAGAAGCUCAUGGCCGAAUCCUUCAGCAAGAACUUCAUUGACUACGAAGAAUACCCUCAGUCCGCAGAGAUCCAGAACCGUUGUGUGAACAUGAUUGCCCGUUUGUUCAACGCUCCCACUGACAGUGAUGAUGAGCACCCCAUGGGUACCUCGACCAUUGGUUCGUCCGAGGCUAUCAUGCUGGGUACCCUGGCUAUGAAGCGCCGGUGGCAAAACAAGCGCAAGGCCGAGGGUAAGGAUUGGUCGCGUCCCAACAUUGUUAUGAACAGCGCCGUCCAGGUCUGCUGGGAGAAGGCUGCUCGCUACUUCGACGUGGAGGAACGGUACGUUUACUGCACGGAGGAUCGCUAUGUGAUUGAUCCGAAGGAGGCAGUCGACCUGGUGGACGAGAACACCAUCGGUAUUUGUGCCAUUCUGGGUACUACCUACACCGGCGAGUACGAAGAUGUGAAGGCCAUUAACGACCUGCUGGUGGAGCGUGGUAUUGACUGCCCCAUCCACGUGGACGCGGCCAGCGGUGGCUUCGUGGCGCCCUUCAUCCACCCCACCCUCAAGUGGGAUUUCCGCCUGGAGAAGGUCGUUUCGAUCAACGUGUCCGGCCACAAGUACGGCUUGGUGUACCCUGGUGUUGGCUGGGUGGUCUGGCGCUCGCCCGAGUACCUGCCUAAGGAGCUGAUCUUCAACAUCAACUACCUUGGUGCGGAGCAGGCCAGUUUCACGCUCAACUUCUCCAAGGGAGCGUCCCAGGUGAUCGGACAGUACUACCAGAUGAUCCGACUGGGUAAGCGGGGCUACCGGUCGAUCAUGGUGAACAUCACCAAGAUUGCCGACUACCUGGCCAGCGAGUUAGAGAAGAUGGGCUUUAUCAUCAUGAGCCAGCGCGGCGGCAAGGGCCUGCCGCUGGUGGCUUUCCGUCUGCGGCCUGACCGCGACGAGGUGUUCGACGAGUUUGCGGUGGCGCACCAGUUGCGUGAGCGUGGCUGGAUUGUGCCGGCGUACACCAUGGCCCCCAACAGCAACUCCUUGAAGCUGAUGCGGGUGGUGGUGCGCGAGGAUUUCAGCAUGAACCGGUGUGACGCGCUGUUGGCGGACAUCAAGCUGGCUAUGAGCACCUUGAGCGAGAUGGACAAGACCAUGCUGGAGCGCUACACUAAGUAAGUGGAUUGAUGAAACUCUUCAUAGCUGGCUUCAAACUAACAGGAUUUUAGACACGUGCGCCAACAUGCCACCCACUCGCACAAGGCCAAGCACACUCACCACCACUACAAGAACGAAACCCACUCGUUGCAGGGCAAGACGGGUAAGACUCACGGUGUGUGCUAGAUGCUGCACAUCGCAUA